CACAUACAUAACUAGCAAACAAGUCAGUGUGCCAGAUAGGAAGCAGACAUAGAAAAUGGCCCUAAAAGCAGACGCCUAUGUGGUUCUGAAUGAUGGGCACAAGAUGCCAGUGAUCGGGUUCGGUACCGCUGCCGCCGAACAGGAAACGAAAGAGCAGGCAGGCGAGGCUACAAAGGUGGCAAUCGAUGUUGGCUAUCGUCAUAUUGAUUGUGCUUUCAUCUAUGGCAACGAGGUGCAAGUUGGCCAGGCUAUCAACGCAAAGAUUGCUGAUGGAACAGUGAAGAGAGAGGACAUUUUCUACACUGGAAAGCUUUGGAGUAGCAAUCAUGUCCCAGAAAGGGUUCGUCCAGCUCUGGAGAAAUCUCUAAAGGAUCUCGGACUAGAUUACAUGGAUCUGUUCAUAAUCCACAACCCUGUGGAGUUGAAGCCUGGAGAUGAUCCAUUUUCCAAAGAUGAAAAUGGAAAACUAAUUUUUCACAACACUGACAUCCGGGAUACCUGGAAGGCUUUAGAGGCUUGUAAAGAUGCCAAACUGGUUAGAUCAAUCGGAGUGUCUAACUUUAACAGCAAACAACUGGAGCUGAUUCUAAACAUGCCGGGUCUGAAGUAUAAACCUGUCUGUAAUCAGGUGGAGUGUCACAUAUUCCUGAAUCAGAGCAAACUGCUGGAAUUCUGCAAAUCCAAAGACAUUGUACUGGUCGGGUAUAGCGUCCUGGGCUCAAGCAGACCUAAGGACUGGGUAGACCAAAACUCACCCAAAGUGCUGGAGGACCCCGUUCUCAUAGACGUGGCAAAGAAGGUUGGACGGUCUGCAGCGCAGGUGGCGAUGUGUUAUCUAUUGCAGAGAGGGAUUGUUGUCCUCGCAAAGAGCUUCACUCCAGAGAGAAUCAAACAAAACUUCCAGCUCUGUGACUUUCAGCUGAGUGCCGAAGACAUACAAAGAUUAGAUGGCGUUAACAAAAACAUGCGUUACUUCAACAUUGAGAUUUGGAAGGAAUCUCCUAAAUACCCCUAUCAUGAUGAGUAUUAAGACAUUGGGUUUCCCAGCCUGACUGCACAAUGCCUGGAGCACUCAUCUGGAGUUGGGAUGUGUCUGUCUUUCCAGUGCGAGACAAUGACGCGGUGCUGUGAUGUCACACUGCGCACACUGAUGGUUAUAGAGAGAACAUUAAUGAGAGUUUGUGUCUCACAUUUGUGCUUUUCAAGUGUUGGAGUUUUAGCAUUAAAAUAAAGCUUUUGAAUGCCGGAGAUUUAUUACCAAA